AUGUGCAAAGAAUUUGAGUUCUUUAUGCAGAGUGAAUUUGAAAUGAGCAUGAUGGGAGAGCUAACCUUUUUCUUAGGUCUACAAGUAAAGCAAUCAGCCGAAGGCAUAUUCAUAAAUCAAUCCAAAUAUGUUCAUGACCUGUUGAAGAAGUACAAAAUGCUCGACGCUUCUCCCCUGAGGACUCCCAUGGCUCCAGGCCAGAAACUUAAUAAGGACAUUAAUGGUCCACCUGUAGAGUGCAAGCUCUACAGAGGCAUAAUUGGAUCCCUCUUGUAUUUAACUGCUAGUAGGCCUGAUAUCAUGUUUUCCACGUCUAUAUGUGCCAGAAAGAGCACCUCUGGGUGCUACCAGUUUCUUGGAGGAAAACUAGUGAUUUGGUCUUCAAAGAAGCAGAACUGUGUCUCAACUUCCACAGCAGAGGCUGAAUAUGUUGCUGCUGCAAGUUGUUGUUCACAAGCUCUGGGGAUACAGACCCAACUACGUGACUACGGCUACGCUGUCAACAAAAUCCCCAUCCUCUGUGAUUCAAAGAGUGCUAUUGCAAUUUCAGCCAAUCCAGUACAACAUUCUAAGACAAAGCAUAUCGACAUAAG